AUGGCCACGGCGCUCGCCAUCCUGGCGUGGCUGCUGCUCCCCUGCGGGGGCUCCCUGUUCCGGAGGCAGAGCAGCCUGAAGAGGGAUGGAGCUCCGUGCUCCCACCACUUGGAGUGCUCCAGCGACUGCUGCCUCAUGAACUUGGACACCGAAGGUGACUUCUGUGCCCCCAAGGGCAGGAAAAGCAUGGUGUGCUUGCCCCAGACCAAGGGGGACAUCAACAUCAUAUGCCCCUGCCGCAUGGGCUUGCGUUGCAUUCCCAAGGACCCGAGCUGUCCCCGCCGGUGCUCUAUGAUUUAG